CUAAGAGGAAAAUUGAGUUAAUCUGGCAACAUUAAUCGUAGCUCUCCAUUCUGUCAAUGCUAAAUAAAAAUUGUCAAAACAUUUACGUCAGUCAGCCGUCACCGUCAUACAAAAAUUCUAUUUGGAUUGUUGUAAAUUAGCUUAAAACAGUGUUUUUCAUGUUUUUAGUGUUAAAUGUUGGAUUUUGAAAUGAAAUGGACGGAUCUAUUAGUAAAAAGUCCCACGAAUGUGCAGGAUGUCUGAACGACAUCGGCGAUGAUGAUUAUGUAUCUGCACUGAGACAAGACUGGCACAAAGACUGCUUCAGAUGCUCAGUGUGUGACGCACAACUGUCAACAUGGUAUUUUGAGAAGGAUGAGCUGCUGUUUUGUCAGAGCGAUUACUGGGCGCGUUUCGGUGAGAACUGUCUGCAAUGUUCGCAGGUGAUAACUGGCCCUGUGAUGUCAGCGGGCGAGCACCGCUUCCACCCGGAGUGCUUCGCGUGCGCGCGCUGCGGGCUGCACCUGGAGGACGGGGAGCCCUACGCCUUGCUGGAGCGGGCGCGCCUUUACUGCGGCGCGUGCUACCCCCUGCUGUCGUCCCAGUCGGCGCACGCGAUCCGUUCGCUGCGCGUGCCGGCCGCCGCGCUCACGCUCGCCGCCGCGGACGACAGGGCGCUCAGUGUGACUGACAAGCUGUCUCACGUCGCUCGGGCGCUAUUCCGCGCGGCGUUGGCUCUCUGCAUACAACUCACAUGUCAUAGGAUUGACUCUGCUUGCGGAUUACUGACGCUGCGCGUUGGUGAUCGGGUCCUGGAGAUCAACGGGACGCCGGUUCGAAACCGGCCCGAUACGUUAGAGAAAGAACUGGCUUGCCCGGACGCCAUUAUACAGUUAACCAUAGAACAGACCCCGCGCACGAAUACCCAUCAUUCCACUAUUUGUAAUACAGCAGACGAGUUUGACGACAAGCAGAAACAUGACGUCAAAUCGCCCGUCGAGCGAAAAAUACUUAGGGAAGAUCUGAGAAAGAACAUUCCCAAGACCUCUCCACAGGAGGAAGACGAGGGUGGUCGUAAAGAGAGACUGUUCAAGCGCAAAGGGGAGGAAGGUGGGAAGGUGCGCCUGAAGAGAAGGCAGCCCCCCGCCUCCCCGCUGCUGGCCGAUAGAGACAGGAGCUGCAGCCUGCCCAAGCUGCUAGACCCUAACGUGUCACCCUCGAGCUGGCCGUCAGUCGGAGUGCUGGGGGACCUGUCUCGCUGCCGCUCGUUCCGCGCCGGCCCCGUGGCCGGGCAGGUGUUCCGCGCGGCCGACCUGCUGCAGGGUGAGCUCCUGGGGUCCGGGUUCUUCGGGCAGGUGUACAAGGUGACCCACCGGGACACCAACGAGGUCAUGGUGCUCAAACAGCUGUACCGGCUCGACGAGGACGCGCAGAGGAACUUCCUGAAAGAGGUUGCAGUGCUACGUUCUCUGAAACACCCGAACGUUCUCCGAUUCGUGGGCGUCCUCUACAAGGAGAAGCGUCUCCACCUCGUCACGGAGUACGUGGCCGGCGGCACACUGCAUCAGCUGUUGCAGGAUCGCUCCCGGCCCCUCAGCUGGGUGACGCGCGCGCGCCUCGCCCGGGACGUGUCCGCGGGGGUGGGCUACCUGCACCGCAUGAACGUCAUCCACCGGGACCUCAACUCUCACAACUGCCUCGUCCGGGAGGAUCAAACGGUGAUCGUGGCAGAUUUCGGCCUGGCGCGUAUCGUGCAGCGCACGGCCAGCAGCACGCUGGAGCGCAAGUCGCGCGCGCACGACGCCACGCUGCGCAGGAAACGGUACACGGUGGUGGGCAACCCGUACUGGAUGGCACCCGAGAUGAUGAACGGCGACGUGUACGACGAGAAAGUGGACGUGUUCUCAUUCGGCAUCAUCCUGUGCGAGAUCAUCGGCCGGGUGCCCGCCGACCCGGACUACCUGCCGCGGAGGCCGGACUUCGGCCUCAACGAGCUGGUCUUCCUGGAGGAGUUCUGCAGGCCUCACGCCUGCCCCGAGGCCUUCUACAGGAUCGCGUUCCUGGCCUGCGAUCUGGAACCUGAUGCCAGGCCCACAUUCGAGGUGAUGGAGAUUUGGCUGGAGAGCGUGGUGCUGUCUCUGUCGGCCCUGCUGCCGCGCGCCCGGGGCUCCGUCGGGGGCUCCACGCCUGACGACGCUGUAGGCGCCAACGAUGGCGUGGUCAAGUCUCGCUCUACAGUCACGAUACUGACUCCGGAAGAGCCCGAGGCUCCGAAGUGCAGGGCUCUCGGCAAAUGUGUCUCGGCGAGUCACAUCGGCCGCAGGGUGGUCACUGUGAGGAACAAGCUGAAGUGUAGGUCUCAGCAGACCUUGUAUACCGCCCCCGGCUACAUACUGAGGGCGCAUGGCAACAGCAUCGAUAUCACUGAGGUGGACGACAUCAGCCCAUGGCUGGAUCCCCCCGCGCUGCGGCGCAGCUCCCCCGCCCCGCACCUCCCCCACACGCCCCACCCGCCGCCGGAGCCCCCCGCCUUCCUCCGCAACCAGUCCGUGGAGGGCCUCGAGACACAGACCAAACAUCUCCCACCACCACCCAUUUGCAGGCACGACAGCAUACCGGAUAACUGCGAAAUAACUUACGACUCAGACUCGUCCGAUGAUGAAGUCACUGAAAUACUGAAAGUCCCCGAAGACAAGAGAAACAUAUUAGCGGAUAUCGUCAAAAAAGGAGAGGGCUUGAUCGCCAAAAAGUCCAGUUAUGACGUCACAGAAGUGACUUUCCGCAACCCGGAGAACGAGAGGAAGAUACCCGAGAACGAUUGUCGCAGAUACAAUAUUGAUUAUCUUAAGAAAAGCCCGUUGAUGGCUCGAGGCAUUAAAAACAUCCCGACAAAUGUGGAAGUACAGAAGCCGGCAGAGAAAUCUAACUUUUUCACUAAGAAACUGCUGUCGCCCAAAUUCAGUCGGUUGUUCAAGCCGAACACGACAGAAGUGGACAGAAAUAAGCCGGAAUCUAUUGAGAAUAAAGAGGAGAAGUCCCGAAGCAAAUUCUUUAUUCAUAAGCCGUCAUCCGCCGCCAAUUUGGGGCGGUCGUACAAAGUGAGACCGCUGGAGGGACAACAGGAUGUUUUGAAGAGCGACUUGAAGCUGGCCAGUCUCGGGAAACCGAUGACUCCGAUCUUCCGCAGGCACGUGCCGGAAAAACCGGAAUUUGCCGACGGCCGGUUCAGCUACCGGGACCGGCGGACCAAAGACAAACCGGAGACGAAAUUCGUAGACGUCGGCCGAAAUAGGAUCAAGACGCCGGCCAAAGAUAAGAAACCUUUGAGUACGGUUUUGGAGAAGGAUAAAGAGAGGAGGGGCGAGGGGGGGAUAUCGCGGAGUAAUUACGUGAGUCUGGCCAAUCUCAGGAUCAACGGGCGUCCCCGGCCGAGGACAGUGGAGCCCUCGCCCGCUGAGAGAGCGAUAUAACGAUAGGUCACAUUCCACUGUUCAAGAUUUACAUUCGCUAGUGGCGCCCUCUUUGACAAUGAUUGUUUUAUAUAAGAAGACACACUAAAGGCUGAUGAUUUUGGGAAAAAUUUUUUGAAUAUACAUUUUGUAACAUUUUUAAUCAAGGGUUGCCACUGCAAGUCUGAUUUACGAUCUAAUUACAAAAAAUUUCCAUUAUUUACAUUCCACGACUAAAUAAUAUAAUUCCGCAGACCGUUGGAUCGUUAAGUGUUACCGAUUAUUUUGGUACAUUAUUUUUUUUACUAAUGAAAAUACCUAUUUUGAAAUUCGGUCGACAGCAUUUGACGGGAUUUCAAUAAUUUACAAAUUACGCUCUUGCCAUGUUGAACAAUACGCCCGGGAAACGCAAAGUUUAGAAAUAAAAAAAAAAAGAUUUAGUACACUCACCGGUAACAAUUUGUUCAACUAUAUUUUAACCUCCAAUCACUAUGCCAUAUUAAUUUUUUUUUAAAUGAGAAGUCUUGCAAUUUUUUUUUACUUAAUGCCUCUUUACGUAACUAUAAUAAAAUGAGUUUUUUCUAAAAAAGGGGUUAAUUAAUUAUAUCGAUUGAAAACUUCGCGUUGCCCUGGCCCAAAUUAUAUACUAUUGUUAAAUUUGAAAUUGUACUUAGUGUUAAUGUCGAAGGAUUAUGUAAAUGCUCCAUCAUAUAUCUUUUAAAUAGCUUUUGAUCUACGGUUAUAUUAUUUCAAUAACGGUAUAUUUUCCGUUAAGUUGAUAUUAUAAAGGAACUUGUCCCAAAAAAAUGUAAGUGAGAAAUUAAUGCUUUACAAACAACAUCAAUUUCUCACUCACAUUUCUCAUUUGAUAUAUUGAUUCCGAAGAUUGGAAAUAAAAACAUUAAACCUAAUGGUUGAAGUUAUAAAACAAUUAUGGUAUUGCUUGUGAAGUUAAAUUAGACGAUAGUAUCGUUGCGUAGUAAUAGUAUGUAGUAGUGCAGUGCCUUGGUACAAGACUGCGCGCGCGCUUGUCAAUUGUUUAGCCAGCCGACACGUUUCAUUUGUACAGGCGAACACUUAUACAUUCAUACAUGAAAGAAAUACGGUCGAAUUGAGGACUUCCUAUUUUUUUUAAGUCGGUUAUAAAUUCGUCUGUGUAGUCUGUCACCCAGCUGUAUCUCAUGAACUCGUGAUAGCUAAACAGUUGAAAUUUUAAUAGAUAGCCGUUAUAAUAACAAAUACUUAAAAAAAGAAAAGAAUUAAAGUUACUUAUUAUAUACUUCGUAAUUAAUUUAAUGUUGAUUUUUUUGAUAACUGCAACGUGUAGACUUGACUUGAAAUAUUCACAAAAACAGUUAAUUUCGCAUUCGUGUGCAUAUGAAUGGUACGGAACCCCUCGUGCGCGGGGCCAACUCGCACUUGGCCCAUUUUUUUAAGAUACAAUAUAAGGAAAACAUUAUUAAAAGUUCCGCACAUUCAGGCAAAUGAAACAAAAAAAAAUAAAUUAAGUUCCAAGUGAAACUCAUGUCGGUAUUAUAAACAUAUACAGUAUAUAAUAUACACUCGUUACUUUCGAUGUUUAGUAUUUUGUAGAUUUAUAUAUUAAUUAGUGAAUUUUACAGCGCGCAAUAAUUGAGACGAUUUUAUAAACUAUUUCCGUAUUUACUCGCUUUUUAAAAGUGGGGUGUACUCCGUCUUUUGCUUGUGAAAUGUUUUUUUAUGUAUAUUAUAUAGAAAUAUAGAUAAUAUAUUAUUGUAUUGUGCCUACAUUUGUAAAUUGACUUAUGGGAUGCAUAUUCAUAUUGCUAUUUACGUUUCAAUUUAUAUUCCGAGUAUCGUUAUACUUUCUCUAAUACUAUCUAUUAUGGAAUUCAUUAUGGUACCUAUAUAAAUAUAAAUGUUAUAUAUAUAGAUAGAUGGAAGGUAUAUUACUCUAUAUGUAAUUUUUACAAUAUUUAACUCUCACAACAAACGCCUCAUCAAUAAAUUUUGUAAAUUUCUCUUACAUAGAUUUAACUAAAGUUUAGAAUUGGUUUAAAACAUUAUAACCGAGGCAUAAGGUGCAAUUUAUGUUACCUAGGUAUAUUGUAUACGAAUAUCGUAUGAUGCAAAUUGAACUUUAUUCCUUGAUGACAAGAUUGAAAAGCGUAUUUGAAACAUGCCUACCUUCUUGCAAAGGCUCGAAUCUGUUGAACUUAGAUCUGAAACAAGUUGACGAAAGAAGCAGAUUGACGGUGCUUUGUUUAAUUUAUUUUGUACCUAUAAAGAAUUCAAAUUCAUUUUCAUGUGACACUUAAUAAUAGUUAUAUUUUUUAUUUUCACAACAUUGGUUGACGUCAAAUAAAUUACUUAAAAACUAAGUUUACUGCCGCUUCCAAAGCUUCAGUGCAGAAGAAGCGGUAACAAACUGCACUGCAGCAUUUUCUACAACAACGUCAACUUCACAACUAUCCAAACUUACAAUAGAUAUGUGGACGAGAUAAUACACUAAUAGAAAGAUCUAAAAUAAAAUUUUUUGUAUCAUGCAGUGGAUUCGUCUGUUGACACAGUCAUUCUAUUUCAACUAGCGCCAUCUGGAGGCGAAAGAUAAGCGGCGUUAUUUACGAACUAUUUGAGUUUUUCUCCCGCCUCGUUGAUGAGACGCAGAAAGAUGUAGGUACGCUUUGUCAAAAUCGCGUCAGUUAUAACUACACGCGGGUGCUUUUACGAAUCUAUAGCAAUGUAUAUACGUAUACGUAAAUAAAAAAAAUGUUAAUCUGUCUCUGUCAUCCAAUGACAAAAUUUAUAAAAGUUUUUUUAUAUUUUAUGUUUACAUUUUACUUUUUAUGUUUGUAUUUUAAGUAAUAUUUUGGCAAAAGUUUUCUAACUCUUAUUAAUUUAUUAACAUACUUAGAUAUAAGUGUAUACGUUGAAGUCUGAUUUGCUUCUCAUGACAGGGUGCCAUCGUACUUUAUUUUUUUUAUUUAAGACUGCGCAUGCGCAUCAAGUAACACACGAUCCUUGUGAAGUGGACUUUAUUCCCUUUUAAUAAGGGCGAUAUUUCACUUGAUGUACUGUGUGUUCGAAUUAUAUACGUAUAAUUUAAGUAAAACUAUGCGCGAUUGGAAAUAUGAAUUCUAUAAUUGUACUGCAUUUAUAGCAAAUAAAGUAUUUGUAUUCGUAAUAGAUAUUUAAUGAAUUUGGUAAAUGUAAAAAUCAAAAUCAAAGUGGUUCUGAAUCGGCAUUACCUACAAUUAUUUAAAAAUAUUAAACACGAUUUGUGACGGGCACAAUAUUGUGUGUUAUCACUCGAUAUUGUGCCCGUCCGAAGAGUGUGUAAGCAGUGAGCCGAUAAACAGGACUUCUAUUCAAGCAAACAAAAGGCAGGCGUCAUUCUUUUAUCGUUUUGUCUGUUGUUUUUCCAUGUUACCAUUUUUAACUACACAUUUGAAAAUAAAACUUUCAAAAAUCGCGCAUAAGCAUUCCGAAUAUUCUCUAUCUAUAUUUUAAUGAAUCUGAAAUCUUGCAAUCUCAUUCGUUUGGAGUUGUACGAGCUCACUACCUUAUCUGUGAUACGUUUCGUUUAUACCAAUCGUAGUAACUUUUGUAAUCUUAUGGUUUUCAAUAAGUUUAAGUUAUUAAUCAUAUUUUUAGGCAAAGUUCUUGUGUUUGCUUAAUUUUUGUGUACCAAAAGUGACAAAAUUAAACGGUAUGCAUUAAAAUACAGAGAGCUAUUUUGAAUCAAUGAUUGAUUGAGCACGUAUUUAUCAGUUUUUUUUUAAUGGCAUUUCUUGUUUAGUUUAUAUUAGGUACAUCAUUUUAUUUAGGUACCUAUUAUAGUUCAUAAUUUGUUUUCCCUUGUUUUAUAUGCUUUGGUAAGUCGGGAACUUUGCCUAAACGUUAACCCAUUAAUCGUAACAUAACAACGAGCCUCCGUCGCCAUUCCACGCGUUCUAUUGUAUUGUUUAAGUACAAAUAAAUAAAAGAUAUAUUCGUAAUA